AUGAGUGCUGAUUGCUCUACCGGCAGCAAUCCCUUAGCUAACCUAACAAAACAUGCCCAACAAGACCGAAGUUUGCAUCAUAAUGGUUAUCUUGGCAUGAAUCAAGGCCAUCAAAACCAGUUCAAAAGACAAGAAAGCAACAUGAGUGAGGCCAGUAAGAUGCAUAUGGACGCAUUUGCUGGCAGGGACAGAAUGGACACCAACAUGCUGCUUAGAAAAGGACAACCUUUGUUGCCUCCAACGCUUUCAGAAGGGACUUUGGAGCGCCAUUCUCCGCAACAUCAGUUUCGAGGUCCGUCUCCUAACGGAUGGAGCCAGCAGUUCCAACGUGGCUCUACAGAGUUCAGAGCAGACGAAAAUCUUGUUUCUGAGUCAAGAUCCGCACAAUUAGGUCCCAAACAGCAAGCUUCAUCGCAUGAUAGAAUGCAUAUGAUGACAACCCCUGCAACAAUGGGCACUGUUGGCCCACGGCUGGCAUCUGGUAUGUUCAGUCCUAUGGCAAGAAACAUGCAGUUGCAACAAGCUCCCUCGAAGGAACAAGCUCUACAAGGAAUGGACCAGGAAAACUGGGAUGAGCAGUUCAGGGAGCUGGAAAAAGAAGUAGCAGAAAAGCUGGCUCUUCGGGAGGAAGAAGUGGCCAAAAAUGGAGUUGAAACCGUCGAGGGUAAAGAGUCUCUGGUCAACGACAAGUACCAGGCAGAAUUCCAAGAAGUUUGGGACAGUCUGCAUGAAGAGGCGAUGGAGGACACUGCGUCGAAUUGGAAAAAAGACUAUGAGCAAUAUAUGUCCGGAAGACCAGCCACCAGCAUACCAUACAAGUUUGAGACCGAAAACCAGUAUAUGCAUAACUCAAACGCAUAUGAAAUUGGUUGUAUUUUGAUGGAGAAUGGGGCCAAACUGAGCGAAGCCGCUUUGGCGUUUGAAGCGGCGGUCCAAGAGGACCCGCAACAUGUGGACGCGUGGUUGAAACUGGGGAUGGUGCAUACGCAAAACGAAAUGGAGAUCAGCGGUAUCAGUGCUUUGGAAGAGUGCUUGCGGCUAGACCCAAACAACCUGGACGGGAUGGUCACAUUAGCAAUUAGCUAUAUCAAUGAGGGUUACGAUGUCAGUGCAUUCAAGAUGCUCAGCAAAUGGCUGGAAACCAAAUAUCAGGAUCUGGUGACGCCGGACAAUGCUAUCUCUUCUGGUGGCGAUCGUUACAGCAUGAGCCAAGCUUUGACCCUUCGAUUUUUGCAGGUCGUUAACAAGCUUCCCGAAGUAGAUGCAAGUCUGCAGCUUGGGCUCGGCAUACUUUUUUACUCGAAUGACGACUACGACAAGACGGUGGAUUGUUUCAAAGCUGCUCUGGCAGUAGCGCCCAAUGACGAGCUCAUGUGGAACCGACUGGGAGCGUCCCUCGCGAAUUCGAAUCGUUCUGAAGAAGCGGUUCAGGCUUAUCGAAAGGCCCUACAACUAAAGCCUACAUUUGUGAGGGCCCGUUGUAAUCUGGCUGUAUCAUGCAUGAAUAUGGGAUGCUGCAAAGAGGCUGCUGAAUACUUGCUCACAGCUUUGUCCAUGCACGAAGUUGAAGGGAUUCUGCCCUCGGAGGCAGCCGCAAGUCAAAACCUCUUGGAAACGCUAAAACGGGCGUUCAUUGGCAUGGAAAGGCGCGAUUUGUUGGAAAAAGUGCGUCCCAACAUGGAUUUGAAUGCCUUUAGAUCAGAAUUCAAUUUUUGA